AUGCUAUCGCUGGACACUCACCUUCCUGAAUCCAACGAGAGGCCAAUCUCUUCAACAGUUGAAUCUGAUGACAGCACUUUGGCCAGAUCCUUGCAGUCUGCUAGUCAGAUCAAGGAGAUCUCGCAGCUCAUCUUGGAUAUCUUUCUGGAGUAUGCUCUCAACAAGUUCGAUUAUUCAGAAGGUCGUCUCGAGGGCUAUGGAGAUGGCUUUCUUUCUGUUAUUGGCCGAUUUGUCUCCGAAGGUGCGCGUGUGCAAGCGUGUCUACCUGCCUUUCCCUUCAAGUCGGCAAACAAAGUGUACAAGGUGCUCGGCAGCCUGCCAGACAAGGCAGAGGAGCUCGCCCUAGAGCGGUUGAAUACCCUAUGCAAGCGCGUUCAGGAUAUUUACCCUCCGGGUGCUAGUAUUGUCAUUAUCUCGGAUGGCAUUACCUACAAUGACUUGCUUUGUAUCCCUGACCAAGAAACCUGGAAAUAUGGCGAAGCCUUACGUGAGAUGGUUGUCGAGAACAGUUUCGACAACAUUUCGUUCUCAAGGAUUCGAGACCUUCUCGAGUUUCCCCUGCCAGAGAAAAUGAGUGAGAUUAUCUAUGUGGCAAACUGUACUACCUUCCGUCGCUUGCUUUUGAAUAAAUAUGGCAAUCCUAACCUCAACAUUGACCAUGAAAUUGCCACUAAUCCAGAUAUCAAGUUGACAUAUCUGGGAUAUAAGCGAUUCCUAGAGUCCGAUCUUCAGUACAUUUUUCCUCGAGGGGAGAAUCGUUCAGCCCACAGUUACAAGCGAGAUUGCAAGUAUGUGGCCAAACAGAUGCUCACAAGAGGAUAUGCAUUUACAGGAGCAAUCAAGGACGCCUACCCCAACCAUCUGCGACUUUCAAUCCACGAAUCCAUUUGCGGUACCAAGCUACCCAUCAGCUUGCUAAACACCAAGACGGGCUUUACUACUCCAUGGCACUGUUGUGUUGCUAAAUUAGCAGAUGGAGUGUGGGUUAGUGCACCUAUGGGCGAGUUCAGCCAAGAUAGCCGCCUGGAACUUGUCCACGUCAACGGAAAGCCCAGUCACUAUCAAGAAAAACCGCACCACGGCGAAUAUAUCGCUAUUAACGAGACCACGGCAAGCUAUCUUCAGUCGGCCAAGUCUAUCGAUGUCAAUGCGUAUGUCAACAGUACAUCGAAGAAUCCAUCGCCAUUGCCAUCGUCCUCUAGCGAGGUUUCCCUCUCUUCAUCUGAGGGCAAAUCACCAGGCAGCAGGUCCACUACACCGGAUGUGCAAUCAGUGCAAAAAUCCUCCCCUGCGCAAUCUGGUCUGCGUAUGACGUUCAAUGAGGCGUCCAACCUUACACCAAUACAACCAGAGAUGAAACCCACGGUGCCAACGCCAUACGGUAGAAGGCUGAUCCCUCAAAUAAUGGAUAGUCUUGCUGCCAUCGACCCUGGGCGAACCGUCUUCUCUCUUGCAUCACUCUCGAACGGAUUCCUCAAACUCAGCCCUGUCUCUGCUCGACAGUUUACCAGAGCAGUUGACAAGACUGCCUGGUGGCUUCGAGAUCAGGUUGGCACCCCCGACUCAGUUCAACCUGUAGCUUACAUUGGACCGCACGAUCUCCGACAUAUUCUGCUGACAUAUGCCUGCGUCAAGGCGGGCUACGCGGCUUUGUUCUUGUCGCCCAAGAACAACACAGAUGGAGUCCUCGCAGUUCUCACGGCAACAAACUGCAAUAUCUGGGUCAAUGCGGUCGACGCCUCUCCGGUACCUUUAGCAAAAGACGUUCUUGAGAACCGACCUAUGACGUCUUUGCAGCUUCCCAUGCUCCACGAGCUUCUUGACAACGAGUUCACCGAAGCCUUCCCGUACACCAAAAGUUUCGAAGAGGCCAAAGAUGAUCCAUUCUGCUUCUUGCAUACGUCUGGAAGUACUGGGCUGCCCAAGCCCAUUCCCUGGUCCCAUGGACUGAUUGGCACUAUGGAUGCAGUACGACUGCUCCCACCCGUGGGUGAAAAUGCCGACUUGGUUCCUUGGACUUCAGGCUGGGAUGAGGGGGACAGGAUAUACUCAUCAUUUCCAAUGAGCCACGUGAGUAAACUCCUGAUUUUGCUCUAUCUUUCGGGGCUCGAUAUGGUGUGGGAGAUUCUUUGGCUGACUGAAAUACCAAAGGGCGCUGGCAUUAUCAUGGAUAUUUUGAUGCCUGCACUUUUCAAUCUCCACUGUGUCUUGGGACCAGUCGGUAUUUUGCCAAAUCUCAAUCUUGUGGAAAGGUUAGCCGUGGAAGCUAAGAUUGGCAUAUGGAGUAUGGUCCCAUCUCUUGUCGAUGAACUGGGUGAAACCCCCGAAGUUUUGGCUAAGCUCCAGUCGAGUAAAUUCAUCUGUGCAUCUGGAGGCCCAGUUAGUCCUGUCAGUGCUGGCAAGGUGAAUGAGGUGGUCAGGGUGCUCAACUUGACCGGUACAACAGAAGGCCUCUUCAUUGGAAAUCUGAAGACAGAGCGAGAAGACUGGUUCUGGUUCUGCUUCCACCCAUACUCUGGUUUCGAGUUCAAGGAGCUCGAAGCGGAUACCUAUGAGCACUGGGUGCAUCGCAAUGAACAUUGGCCUCUCUUUCAGGGUAUCUUCCAUACGUUUCCAGAAAAAGAUUCGAUCAACUUCAAGGACCUGUAUAUGAAACACCCUACCAAGCCUAACCUGUGGGCUUUUAAGGGAAGAAGCGAUGAUCUUGUUGUCUUGUCAAACGGGUACAAGAUAUCGCCGCUCGAGACGGAGGCAUUUGUCACUACCCACCCUGCCAUUAGUGGGUGCCUUGUUUUUGGAACUGGAAAACCCCAAGCGGCUCUACUUAUUGAGCUAAAGGAUCCGUUGAAUAAAACGCCUGAUCUUAUUGACAGUAUUUGGCAAACGAUUCAGAUAGCCAAUUCUAUGUCCAGACACAAGAACCAGUUACUGAAAGACUUCGUUACUUUCGCACAACCAGACAAGCCCUUCUUACGAACAGACAAGGGAACAGUGAAAAGGUCAGCCACGCUGGCGUGUUAUUCCGAGUACAUCGAGCGUUUCUACAGCUCACGCAGUGAUGAUUCCGACAACGCUAUCAGUCUAGAUUUGAGCUCUGCCAAUUCGAUCGAGGACUCCAUCCGCAAGAUUGUCGGCUCUUCACUUUCUGAGCCCCAGGAUGUCCUUCCUGACGCAGAUUUAUUUGUACUUGGGCUUGACUCUCUAGGCGUCUUUGCGGCUGUGAAAGCAAUUCGAGUAGCUUCGGGUUUGGGUGACAAAAUUGCCCCUCGACACGUUUACGCUAAUCCAACUAUUGCGAGCCUUGCCGCGACAGUCUCCAGGCUGAUAGAUGAGGCACAAAUUGUUAAAGAUGAUAUUCCUCUGGAUCAAAUCUGGAAUGAUGCCUCUAAGCUAAAUGAUAUGAUCGCCCAGCACGGGGCGCGGCAAUCUUUCCGCUUGAACGCUUUCGACUAUGUCAACCCCAACCACGGCAUGGGAAUUGUUCUUUACUUCUCUAUCCACGAGGAGACAUCUUUUGAGCAAGCCUUUAUCAAUCUUCAGGAAGGACUCAAUCGUACAUUUGAUAUGAUACCAGCUCUCAGUGGCAGGAUGAUGCACUGCUCGGAGCAAGAAAUUGGCUACGGCAAAGGAGACCUCUGCGUGACAAUUCCGCCACUGUCCAUGGCGGCUUCUGCACGAGAUCGCCUCGUGUACAAGGAUCUCUCAGAUGUUCUUCCGUCCUUUGGGAAGUUACGCGAAGCGGGUUUCCCGCCGUCUGCGUUCAAGGAUGGCCUCGUUCUGCGAGACGAUCCCUUCCCCAAAUUUCCCGCAGACAUUUUCUCUGGCCAAGUAAACUUCAUUUCUGGUGGUUGUUUAGUUGCAGUUGAUCUGAACCACUGCUGCCUCGACGGUGUCGGAGCUAUGGUCAUUCUCAAGGCCUGGGCGGAGAACUGCAGAUAUCUACAAGGUGAUCACACGGCAACUUGCAACUGGUAUAACCCUGAGAGCUUCAAUCACGCCUUGCCAGAGAUCAUUCACGACCAAGAAGGAUGGGCUCGACCAGUCGAAGAGAUUGAUCCCGGCACAUGGGGUUUCUUACCUUUCUUCCCACCUGACGACAACAAAAGCAAAGAAACUCCCAUUGACCUCAAUGACCAUGAAUUACCUCCUGCGCCUAAUUUCAAGUUGCAUGAUGUUUGGCCACUUCCCCGGGCCGAACGGUGUCCUAAUACGACCCUCUUCCUGAUUAAGCCGGACAAGCUUGAGAAGAUGAAGCAAGAUGUUAUUUCCGAUCCCGAAGCGAAGGGGGUCAUCAAAUCAAUCAGUGACAUUGUCCAAGCCUUCCUGUGGCGAGCUGCUAUCAGAGUGCGAUACAAGGUAGCCACGGAGAUCCGUAAGCAGACCUUCAGGCCAGACGAGGUGUCCAUUCUUGAGCUGCCCACGGAUGGCCGUCCAUACUUCUCUUCACUAUUGCCCUCGACAUACAUGGGCAGUCUACUCAUUCUCAACCGAUCAACUAUGCCGAUCGAGAUACUGUGCUCCAAUGAGACGAGCAUUGGCCGUGUCGCUUAUCUCCUCCGCCAAUCCGCCGCGCGCAUCACCCCUUCAGUCGUCCACGACGCGUUUUCAAUUCUGCAGUCACUACCAGGCCAUGAUCGAUUUUCGACGGCGAACAUGGGUCUUGAACAUAUGAAUGCUAUGAUUUCCAACAUGAUGCUAUUCCCAACCAACGAGAUUUGUUUUGGAGAUGCCUUCUUUGCCAAUGGUGGGUUACCUGAGUCUUUAAGACCACAGCUUGAGCGUGGGAAUGGACGAUUCCGAUUCCUCGUUAUUUUCCCAAUUAGGGAAGACGGGGGAAUCGAGAUUGCUUUUGGUACGCAUCCGGAGGAGUUGGAGAUGUUCCAGGCAGAUGAAGAGUUUACGAAGUACGCUGAACUUGUAGAUACGUGCUGGUGA